CAAAAAUAAAACUAUUACUGUAGACGUUAGAUGCCGCGCUGUGACCGUGGUUUACGAGUGUCACAGCUGUUACAGUUACUAGUAAACUAACUUUUAGGUUUGGCCUUUGUACUUUCUUACGUUAGCGUUAAUUCCUAGCCCGCGCGUGUACACCUAACGAUAAUGUCAUGUAAGUUAAUGAUAACAUGAGAGGAAACGAAGCAAGGCUAAUCUAGGGCUACCUAAAGGAAAAAGAACCAUCAUGGCGGCUGCUACAAGGCUCAUAUCAAGGUUGACACUGGUCACUGGAGGAGGCAGUGGGAUUGGACGGGCCGUGUGUCAGCGCCUUGCUUCUGAAGGUGCCUCUGUUGUGGUCGCUGACAUCAGCGAGGAGUCGGCAAACGAGACCCUGGGGAGCCUGCCGAGUGACCUCAGAGGACAGACACACAUGGCUGCUGUGGUGGAUGUGUCAUCAAAAGAGAGUGUAAAGAAUCUGGUCACAAGUAUACAGACUCACUACUUUCAGCCACCCUCAGUGUGUGUGAACGCAGCAGGCAUCACCCAGGACGACUUCUUGCUCAACAUGGAGGAGGAUCAGUUUGACAAAGUCAUCCAGGUCAACCUGAAG